AUGGCCCCCUUUGCCCUUGGGAGACGGCGGAUGAACCAGCUCAACCCACUAGUUUGCCGUCUUCCGAUACACGAUGGUGGCUUAGACCUCACUUGCGCAAGGGGGAUCCGGCUACUGCUUCUAGCUGCUUGCAAAUAA